AUGACAGCAGAUCUCGGAGUUACUCUAGGACGCUUGGGCCUGGAGCAAUACCUUGAUGUUCUCAUCGGAGAAGGUUUUGAGACAUGGGACACGCUUCUAGACAUUCAGGAGACCGAUUUUGAGGCUCUUGGCAUCAAGCUUGGCCACAGACGAAAACUUCAACGAGCCAUAGCAGAGUACCGAGGCAUCCCAUAUGAGAGACUGUAUGCUGUGAUUUCACAAGAUUCACCCGUCGAAGGAGCCAGGGGAGAUGGAGCCUCGCAGAGCUCUGGUGGUACGACAGGACUCCCAGGAGCGCCUGCUGCCGGGAUUGAGACGAAGCGGAAAUAUCGCCGACAUCCCAAAGCAGAUGAAAAUGCUCCAGAGCGCCCGCCAUCAGCGUAUGUGAUCUUCUCCAACCAGAUCCGGGAAGAAGUAAAGGAGCAAAAUCUCUCCUUCACGCAAAUAGCCAAGCUGGUGGGAGAUCGUUGGCAGAAGCUCAAUCCACAGGGCAAAGAGCCUUACGAGGAGCAAGCCAAUGCAGCCAAGGAGCGCUAUAACAUACAACUGUCGGCUUACAAAAAGACGGACGCUUUCAAGGAGUACUCACUAUACCUGACAGACUUCAAAGCGAAGCAUGGAGGAGGUGCUAUCGCUGGACCGUCUGAACAGAAAAGGCCGAAGCUGGAUGCUCAGGACAGUCUUUUAUCUGCUGGGUCUGCAACAGAACUAGGUCAGACUCCAUUAUCAGUCCAGACGCAGCCUCAACCAAGCAUGCCGCUUCCCACACGACAUGGCGCAACUGGGCAACGUGCGGCCUCGCCACCGCCCGGCUAUACGCGCGACAAUCGCUGGCGGCCGGCACCAUCAGGUUCACGUGGGCAGGUAUCGAAAGAGAGUUCCCUCUCUGAGGAAUCCUCAGCACCACGCAGUGACUCCGACCCCCUAGUCCGGACGGCUUCGUUGUCGCUAAGCACGCCGCCGACAGCCACCCCUCCAUUACCAAUUCAUGGCGAUAAGCCGUCCUCGGUCGACAGCGGACGAGCGCGUUUCCCAGGUCCACCACCGUCGCUGCCAAGUUAUGGCAGCACGACAAGUGGGCACUCGGUGGCACUGCCCUCACCCAUGGGAUCGGAGAGCAGUUGGCGAGGCCGUCCGACCGAGCUUCGUAGCUAUAUGGACGCCGGCGCUGCACCGAUGCAGCCGCCAUUACACUUGCCACCUCCACAAGCGGCAGCAAUCACUUUACCUCCACUUCCGCCCAUCUUGGGCGGCGGUGACCGAAGCUCGGAUCUGCUUGUCAAUCGUACACUACCUUUUCCGCGUGGCCCACCACCAGUACAGCCCGGGCACACCACGAAUGCCCCUCCGUUCUUCAGUGGUCCACCAUAUCCUAUCCGACGCGAGUCUACAGCCGAAUCACCUGUUGAAAGGUCGGAAUCGGAGGCUGCAACCACACUUGCAGGUUUGGCGUCUGGCACGCCAGGAUCGAGACCUGGGUCCACGCCGGCGCAGGAACGACGUUGGCCUGGAAAGUAG